CUUCGUUCCAUUAUUCUGUUUUGCUUGAAGACUCCGUUUUCACAUGGCAUUUAAAGAACAUCAUCGAGACAGAGGUGUAAGAUGGCGAUUGUCUGGGCGUUUGCGAGGAGCACUGCCCCUGUUCAUUUUUCAGUUUAUUUGUCUUAAUCAAGCGGAGGCACAGAUCCGUUAUUCUAUACCAGAGGAGAUGAAGAAAGGCUCUGUUAUUGGUAACGUUGCACAAGACCUUGGUUUGGAUCUGAAAAGGCUCCGUUCUGGGCGGGCCCGUAUCGUGACCGGAGAAAACAUCCAGUACACCGAGCUGAAGGCAGACAAAGGGACUUUGGUCGUUAAUGAGAGAAUAGACCGAGAGGAACUCUGCGGCGACGUGACACCGUGUAGCUUUACCUUUGAGAUUUUACUGGAAAAACCAAUGGAGUUGCACCCUGUGACCAUAGAAGUAUUGGACGUAAACGACAACGCUCCCACUUUCCAAAACAGUCACUUGGAAUUUGAAAUAAGCGAAUCAGCUGCGCUUAGUUCCCGUUUUGUUUUAGAGAGUGCGGAUGAUGCCGAUGUUGGCGAAAACGGCCUGCAGAAUUACAUUUUAACUCCGAACGAUAAUUUUAUUUUGAAAACGCAUGUUAAUCCAGACGGCAGUAAAUAUGCCGAAAUGGUGCUUCAGAAACCCUUAGACAGAGAAGCACAACCACGUCUGUCUCUAAAGCUGAUAGCCGUAGACGGUGGGAAUCCACAGAGAUCUGGUACAGUAAAUAUAGAUGUCAAUAUUCUAGAUGCCAAUGAUAAUUCUCCUCUGUUUAAUCAGUCUGUGUAUAAAGCCACGGUGAUUGAAAAUGCACCAAAAGGCACUCCCAUUGUUACUGUGAAUGCAAGCGACAUAGACAGCGGUUCAAACGGACAAAUAACGUAUUCCUUUUCUAAAUCAAAAGCAGGAAUAGCUGAUUUGUUCGAUAUAGAUGAGGCUACAGGAAACAUAUAUGUGGCAAAGGAGAUAGAUUUUGAAAAAGACAAAAAAAGUUCAGAGUUGAAGCUAAAGAUCAAGGCGGACUGACAGAUUCUAGCAAAGUUGAAAUUGAGGUUAUUGAUGUAAAUGAUAAUUCUCCGGUCAUUAACGUUAUGUCAUUCACUAGU